CCAAGUCCUUACUCUCUUACUCCUUUUUGUUCAACUAGUCCAGAUUUUGUGUGGCCUUGAUAUUCCGCCAGCACAGCCACACUUCCCCCUCGUUCUACCCCGCGUCUUUCCGUUCACUUGCUUUUCUUCAAAGCCACUGUUCGUCCCUGCCGAUCCUCUUGCGACUUGCAUGCGCUUCAGACUGUUCAUUUGAAGCUUUCUACCAUUGUGGAUCUGUGUGUUUGAUCAUGGGUAAAUCACAGUCGAAGCUGUCGCCUACGCAGCUUGAUGAGCUGCAGCGAGCCACCCAUUUCGACAAGAAGGAGCUACAACAAUGGUACAAAGGCUUCCUCAAGGACUGCCCGUCAGGCACAUUGACCAAAGAGGAGUUCCAAAAGAUUUACCGGCAAUUCUUCCCCUUCGGCGAUCCGUCUUCCUUCGCAAAUUACGUCUUCCGAGUGUUUGACUCGGACAACAGCGGGAUGAUUGAUUUCAAGGAGUUCAUCUGCGCGCUUUCGGUGACGUCCCGCGGAAAGAUGGAGGACAAGCUUGACUGGGCUUUCCAACUAUACGAUAUCGAUGGCGACGGCAAAAUCACAUACGACGAGAUGUUGGCUAUUGUCGAGGCGAUUUACAAGAUGGUCGGCUCCAUGGUGAAGCUACCCGAGGAUGAGGAUACACCCGAGAAGCGCGUGCGAAAGAUCUUCCGCAUGAUGGAUAAGGACGAGAAUGGCAGCUUGGACCUCGCUGAAUUCAAAGAAGGCUCCGCAAGGGAUGAGACCAUUGUGUCAGCUCUGUCAUUGUAUGACGGUUUAGUCUGA